UUUUCGAGCUGUCUUAAUAAUAUAAUAGAUUCCUUUCCAAAUGAAUCAAUUCACCAUGUGGCAUUUAAAUCCUAGUGAUGCAUACAUUGAGGACAGACACUUAUAUGAAGCUGAAAGCAUAGUUAAAGAAAUGCGUGAAACUAUUUCUGAUGUUAGGAAUUCUACGCUAUCACAAAGUUUGUUGAUCACAUGAAGAAAGAUCAGAGCAUUUGUUCUCACAUCUCAAGCAUGUUGGGAGCUCAUGAAUGCAUUCAAUUGGUUGUUUAUGGCAUUGGGAGCUUUGAAUUUGAUGUGAAGUCCCAAUAUCAGAUUGCUUUUGCUCUACUACUAAAGGAAGACAAUAUAUUCCCAAUUAGUGAUAUCGAAAUCUAUGAUCCAUCACUACCUCCUGCUGAUGUGAAAGCAUGCUUCGACUUGGAUCUACGGGUGCUCUUGGUUAAUGAACAAUGCCAAAGAAGUGUUGACAAGCCGAUAAUUUUCUUUGUUCCAGGACUGGCAUUUGUUGGAAACCUCAUUGAGUCAAAUUUCUCUCCUGAGCAAUUAAACAAUAUUAUUCUAAUUUCCUAUGGGGUCAAGAAUAUCGGGGAUAGAAUUUCUGCCGAACUUGAAAAUUGGAACAAUGGAUUUACCAGUUUGAAGGGUUCCCCAGAAUUGGAAAGAGAGAGGUUUAUUUGGGCAAGCAUAAAUUAUAUUAAUGAAGUCAUUGUGAUGGAAAAUUUUAAUGCCCACUUCUGGGGAGUCUCUGAUAUGAGAUUUGAGUUCCUUGAUGUUGCUGCUGAUGUGGACAUGAACUCAAAUUUGCCAAGUAUGUGUUUUUGCUUCCGAACAUCUUCGAUUUAUACCAAUUUACCUCAUUUUUUUUUGUUUUCAUUACUUUUGUUUGAUGGUGGAGCUGACUUUGCAAGGCCGACUCUUAAGGAAAAGUUUUUACUUAACUUCAAAUUGGAGCUGGAAUAUAAUUCUUUCUUUGCUUUUGAGUACGCCUUCUUGAGACUUAUGGGCAAUAUCUUGUUACUUAGUAGCAUUCAUUGUCUAGUGUUGUUACAUGCUGAAUCAUGUACUGUUAUUGUCUCUGUAUUUUCAGCCAUGUGUCUUAUUUUCGUAUGUGCUUGGAAGAAAGAAUGUCGCGUCCAUUUCAAGACGAUCAAGACGAUUGCAAGGAUGGUAAACCUCAAGACUGGGCACAUGAAUUCCUGCACCGAAUCCCAGCAAUGCAUCGGAAGACUUGGUCUCCUCCUCCCAAAGGUUGGAUCAAGUUCAAUUUCCACGGCAUUGGUGGUUCCAAAGAUCGUUCUGCUGGCAUGGGUGGUGUAUUUCACAAUGAGGAUGGUGUGCUCUCCUUCUUUAUUGGUUCAUUAGGUAACGUGGAUCAAACCGUGGCUAGUAUUGGAGCAAUUGAACUUGGGCUAAAGGUCAUGCUUGAGUACCAUGAACCAGUUAAAAAGCUGAUCGUUGAGGGGGACGAUCUCACGGUGAUACGUUGGUUCAACAGAGUCUCUCACCCGCCUGCAAGAGCGCAUGAUUCAUUCCUACGUAGUUACUUGCACUUGACUUCGAUGCCAUUGCCAUGUGAGGGGGCUGCCGUGCCUGCUGAGAUAUCCAAAGACCCUGACCAUGAGAAUGGUAGUUCUUCACAUGAUGCAUCACCUACUAAGCCACCGAAUGACGGUAACAUCGAGAAUGAUGCUUCACCUGCUAAGCAAUUUGAAAGGGAGUACAUAGCUUGGCGGGUCGAUGAAGAGGCUAAUCAGGUCGCAAUUGGAUUGGCACGUCUAGGCAGUAUGCUACCUGACCAUCAGAAUCGGGUAAAGGUACACAGCUCAACCCAGUGUGACUGUGAAAUCCAAAGAGAAAUGAGGAAUGGCAGGCUACCAGACAUCACAGUUGGUUUGCCUGUUGAGGAGCCAAGCUAAUAAGGAGUGGAGGGCCUUGUCGUGUGGAACCAGCACUCUGAUGCUAAAACAGUUUUGCCUGUGUCUGGCAUUCCAAAUAUUCUCAAAUCUGAAUGUAUGUUUGAAUGGUCCGAUGAAAAAUUUAAAUUAUGUGUUCUUUGGGGAAAUUUUUAUGUGCCUUUUGAUAGUUCAUUUGCAGAUUCAAUUGUAGUUUUUGGUAUAUCUUUUUUUUUUAAAAAAAAUCUUUCUACCAGGCCAGCUGAAGAAUUGGCUGACCAAAUUGUAUUAAGAGUUGAAGAAUUUACAGUAUGGGAACAUUACAAUAUCGAAAUGAAAAUGUGAAGACCCAGCGUUCAGGCGAAAAACCUGAACUCCGGAGGAGAAAAUCAGCCCGUACGGUUAUCUCAAAACAACUCGGCCUCCUUCCAAACAACAAUCUCAAAAUAGCUU